AUGUUUCGCAACCGAUCCUCUCAAGCAAAGCCGAACGACGAGCUGCUGGAGAACUUCAAAGCCUCUUUCCCCCACCUCCAGCGGUCGCAUUCGCUUGCAGCGCCCCAGGGCCAUUCACUCACCGAUGCGCUCGAUGUAGCGCAUCCCGCCAGACACGGCGAUGCCGACGACAUCAAGGACCAGGACCCCACGCCGCGGGGAAACAACGAGCCAUGGCGCUUUACGCCCUCGUUGCUCGACCCCAACAGCUUUGCAUUCACAAACUUUGCAAACCAGCCUCCUGGCUACUACACGCCGACGCCCGGCGGCACCAACACGCUCUACCACAGCCAGGCCGGCGACCUGCACACGCCCGGAUUCAGUUUCGGCCUAGGCACACCCCUCUCCCUCCCCACCUCGGAAAGCGCCGUCCACGCUGGCCAGACCAAUCCCCACCUCCAGGGCUUCAAUCCUCACGCACUGGGAACCCACCACCAUUUCCAGAAUGCCAACCCUUUCGGCAUUCAGCCCCAGCAUGCCCAGUCGUUUGCGCCACACCAGUUCACCCAUCAGCCAUCAGCCUUCGAUCAUGCUUCUCUCUCCCGGCUACACGAGGACCCCCCCAUGGAGAAUGUCAUCCCGGAGGUUGAGAUGCAGUCUCCCCUCAUCGGCUUUCCUCCUCAGGCUUACGGAGACAACCUAUCGACUGCACUGGCUGCUGCAGCUCAGCCAAACCAAAACUUCCGUUACCACGUUACCUUGAAUGCACCAACCGCUAUGGUAAAGCAGCCUGACGAGGUCCCCGUGACCUACCUCAACAAGGGUCAAGCAUAUUCCAUCUCUCUGGUCGAUACUGCACCCCCUCAGGCGCCUUCGUCAAUCUGCAAAUACCGUACCUACAUCCGGAUCUCUUUUGAAGAUGAGCAGCAGCGACAGCGUCCUGCUUCUUGCUGGCAGCUCUGGAAAGAAGGCCGCGGUACCAACGAGGCGCAUCAGCGGGGCGGCCGACUCCAGGCGGUCGAGUUCGUGGAUCCAAGUCAAGUUGGCGGCGGUGAAGUCCAAGGACGACCCAGAGUCGAGCUCGAGAUGUCUUCCUUCGAUGGCUUUGCUGUGACAUGGACUCCCGCAUCUAACGCUGCGCCCGAAUGUUCCUUGGCCGUUCGUUUCAACUUCCUCUCCACCGACUUCAGCCACUCCAAGGGUGUCAAAGGCAUUCCUGUACGCCUUUGCGCCAAAACUGAGCUGGUUUCGGAGACUUCUGGAUCACCAUCCGAGACACUCAACGCCGAGCUUUGCUAUUGCAAGGUCAAGCUCUUCCGCGAUCAUGGUGCCGAACGGAAACUGUCAAACGACGUUGCGCACGUCAAAAAGACGAUCGACAAAUUGAAGCAACAGAUUGCCCAAGUCGAGUCCGGUAUGAAAGAUUUCGGAAAACGCAAGCGCAGCGGAGACGACAAGAGCAGCAAUUCCAGGCCUGGAAAGCUCCAGAAACACAAACGGACGUGGUCGAUGUCUUCCGCGAGUGACAACCAGGGCGCUCGUCCAGCAGCAGAAGAAGACUUGCACAUCAAGUUGGCAUCUCUGCAGGACAUGUUCAGUUCCACACGCCCCGUCAGUCUUCUUUACCUGAAGGGCGAGGAACAGGAUGAUCCAGAUCUUCACCCAGUUCAACUUUCCUCUUCCACACCCCAAGAACUGCCAAAGAUCGACACCGCUGUUGAUUCCCAAAUGUGGGAGGCCCAAAGCCCGCAGACAGGCAACUCAUCCAUGAUAUCGCCAACACCAAGCUCGCAAUCCCUGCAUUCUGAUGGGAAACGCAGGGCUUCAUCAUUCCAACGACCUGGUCCUUACGGACCACCAUCGCGCAUGACCUCAAGCGAGUGGAGAAGCCUCCCGCAGACUGCCACAAGUGAUCUGAAAGGCAUGGUCGCAAUGCAUGGCGGCUCUGACGUUCCCACCAAGGUCCAGAGGCCCUACUCUGAUGAUCAUGCCCUAUCCGGUUGGAUUGAGGCACUAGGUGUUGAUCAGACGUACCAGCCACCGCCCGAGCCCAUGCUAAAGCCAGUUGCUUGCUUUUUUGUACAACCAAGGAUUGCUGGUAAGCAGCCGGAUGACAACUAUUUCCGCGCUGUUUAUGUGAUGGAGCGAUCUGUCAAAGCUCUCGUACACAGCAUCGCCAUGAAGAUUAACAUCGAGCCGACUAAGGUGACUCGUACAGUCCGGAUCAACCAAAAAGGUCUGCAGAUCUUAAUGGACGACGAGGCGAUCAACGCAAUACCCGAGCAGCAAGACAUGGCGGCCGAAUUCCACGAAAUCGGUACACCCCCCGUUCAGCCUAUGAAGCGAGAAUGGGACGCCGGCCCUACGGAUAUACAGGUCGACGGCGACAUCUCCGUCGUCGAAGCUGUGCACUCGACUGGCUACGAGCUCCGCCUUCUUUUCUGA